AUGAUAUUGAAAAUAAUUGUUCGUUAUAUAAUUAAUAAAUAUAUGAAAGAUUAUAUUGAAAGAUUAGAUGAUGAAAAAUUAAAACUUAAUCUUAAACAUGGAAAUGUUUUAUUAGAAAAUCUUCAUUUGAAACCGGAAGCAUUGGUUGGAUUGGGUAUUCCUGUAACAGUAGCUACUGGUUUUAUUGAAGUACAUCAAGAUUUGCAUGAAUAUCAUGCAGAAAAAAUGAAACGAGUUCAACGUAAAUUGGAUAAUCUUAGAAAAGCAGGAUUAGAUGAACAAAAACUUGAUGAAAAAGAAAAAGGAUUUUUUGAAAAAAUAAAAUUUCAAAUGUUACAAAAUCUCGAAAUAACUCUAAGAAAUUUUCAUAUUAGUUAUGAAACAAAAUCAACAACUAAAUUGGGACAUCCAUUUUCAUUUGGAAUUACAAUUCAUUAUUUACAAUUGACUACAACAACAAAUAAAGAACGAUUAGGAAAAGUUAAAGAAAAUACACUUGUCAUUGCUCAGUUUAAAGAAAUUAAAUGGUUAUCACUCUAUUGGAAUACUAAUUGUACAUCAAGAAUUCAUAUGCCAUUUGAAUAUGUUGUUGUUAUUUUGCAUCCAGUCAAUUUGAAUUUUGCAUUUAAAGUCGGAAUAAAAUUUGCUGAACAAAAUUUUCAACGACCAAUAUACAAAAUAAAAUUUCAAAUAGAACAAAUAAGUUUUGGAAUUGAUCCAAAACAAUUUUCUGAUUUACUUGAUUUUAUUAAAUUUCAAAAUUAUAGUGUUUUCUAUGAUCGAUGUCGAGAAUAUCGUCAAUUGUGUUUAAAAGAUGUAAUUGGAAAUACAAAAUUAACGAAAGAAGAACAAGAUCGUAUUCAAAUUCUAGAAUCGAAAUUAGAUGCUUUCACAAUGGCAUAUAUUCGACAUAGUGUUGAAUUAGAAACUCAUUUAUAUUCGGAUACAAGUGCCUAUCAUGAUUACAGUUGGUGGAGUUGGUGGUGGAAUGAAAGAACAAACUUGAAUCACGGUCAUCAUCGAAUAAUCAAAGGAAAUAUGCAUGAUGAAGAUGAAUUUUUCUCCGAAGAGUUGUUAGAUAUUGAUGCACAAAUAACAAUAAACGAACUCGAUCUUGCUUUAUUAUCACCAUCAAAAAGAAAAAAAUUAAAUGAAAAAAAUAAAAUAAUUACUCAUAUUAUUAUGGAGAAUACUCGAAUUGAUUAUAAACGACGAGCUAUUUCGUCGAGUAUCUUAGUUGUACUUGAUCUUGAAUAUUUUCGAAUAUUUGGUUUAAAAUCUAAUGAACAACAUCAACCAUUAAUAUUGACAUCAUCUUCAAAGUCAUUAAAUUCAUUGAUACAUCUAGAAUUUGAAUUAGCUCCAAUUCAUAAAAAAGCAGAUUUUCGAUUUCUUUUAAUAAUUGAACCAUUGUCAGUUAUUUAUCAUGCUGCAACAAUCAAUGAAAUCGUUGCACAUUUUGAACCAAUUGAUAAAAAUACUUAUUCUCUAUCUUCACAAAUAAAACAACGAACAUUUCUACAGAUGGAGCAUGAUUUAUCUAAUAAGAAAAUCUUUGAUAUGACUAUGCAAAUCAAAGGUUUAUCACUUUUCUUACCAGAAUAUGGAUAUUUUAAACACGAUUGUAAGACAAUGAUUAUUCGUUUCACUAAUUUAAAACUAAGCUCAUGUCUCAAUGAUGAUGAUAGAGAACAAGAUGAUGCUUUAUUUCAGAAACAAAUGAGAGAAAGACGAUACUACAUUAAAUACAAGUUCCUAUUAAAUGAUCUUGAAAUAAUUUAUUCCGAAUCAAGCAAAGAACAAUUGCGUAUAUUACGAGCAAUUCCAUUGAUUGACACGAAUUUUUACAAAUGUAUUUAUUCAGAUGAUGCUCAAUUAACAGAUUGGCGUAUUGCUGUUAAAAUAGUACAAAUGGCUGAAAUUGAAUUAUCAAGAAUGAUAAUGACCAAAUUGAAUAAACUUCAUCGAUCAGUUCCAUUAUUUUAUUCAGCAAUGUCAGAAACAUUAAAUCGAAUUAAUCUAUUUUUUAAUAUAUUUCCUCCUCAUACAAGUAUUGAAUGUAAUAUAUCAAUUAAUAAAUGUUCUUUUAUUAUAAUGAAUUCGAAAACAUCGAUCAAAACACAUAUUUCCUGUCAUAUACUGAAGACAAGAAAUGAAGAUGAAUAUAGUAAAUCAAUAAGAGUUAUAUUAAAAAAUUUAUCAAUGAUACUUCAUUCAUCUUUAAUAUCUAUCCAAUCAUCUUGGCCGUUUUAUCAAAAUAAUGCUAUUGAAUUAUUAUAUUCUGAUACUGACACUAAACUAUGA